CUUUGCGUCUUUCGUAUAUAGUUGUCGUAGUUAAGAAUUAUCUCGAGUUUCUCAAAGAGGCUGUGUUGGGCUCAGUCUUGCCACGACUAAGUAAUGAAUUGUCAAGAGAAGGUCUAUCAUGGAGGGAGUUCUUUAUAAAUGGACCAACUAUAUUAGCGGUUGGCAGCCCCGUUGGUUUGUUCUUGAGGGAGGCACUCUUUCCUACUAUGACUCUCAAGAAGAUGCAUGGAAAGGAUGCAAGGGCAGCAUCAAAAUAUCUGUGUGUGAAAUACAGGUUCACCCAUCGGAUUUCACAAGGGUUGAUCUGAUCAUUCCAGGAGAACAAUACUUUUAUCUCAGGGCAAUUAAUGCAGCAGAGAGGCAGAAAUGGCUUGUGGCAUUAGGGACUGCGAAAGCCUGUCUCACAGACAACCGAACCAAGAGAGAGAAGGAGCUCCAGGAAAACACAGAGGCUCUGAAAACAAAAAUGUCUGAGCUAAGGCUUUACUGUGACCUUCUCCUUCAGCAAGUGAACAAAAUACAAGAAAGUUCUCAAGUGGAGACUACAGCCGAUUCAGGGGAGGUAGGGGGUGAGACUGGAAAUCUAGUGAAGUCCACUUGCACCACCUUCUUGAAGACCCUGGAGGAGUGUAUGCAGAUUGCUAGCCGGACCUUCAAUCCAGACCUUCUGAGUCGGACCCCUCCAGGCUCUCCUCCUGUGGCCACCAUCAAACCUCACAAGAUCAAACAUACUGAUCCAAGAAAUCAGCACCCAGGAGAAAAACAAAAGGACUUAAUAAACAUCUCAGGAACAUCAGCACAUGAGAGUGGAUCAGAAAACAAACCACCUCCAUCUCCUCAAGAAAACAUGUCUACAUCUCCUACAAGAAGUGGUUUAAUGGAGGACCAGAAGGAGCCCAUGGAGCCUCGUAAUGGCUCUUCAUCAAGCACACAAGACCCUGAAGAAUCUGUAGGAGAGGAGAAGGACAUCCCGACAGAAGAAGCAGACCUUCCCCAAGAAAAACAAAAGGAAGUCUCACUGAGCCCCACACAAAACAAAGAAAAGGUCACUGAAGAAAUCCAGGCUGACCUGGAAGUGAAUGAGCCUCAGUCUGAGAAUAAACAGGAAGAGGAAGAUAAGGUGGACACAUUCUUCAGUACCAUGAGCCACAGAUUUAGUGAUAUAAUACUGGAGGACGACAGUGGUAUUCCCACACAAGCCUUUUUGGAUUCUUGCUAUGCUAUAGUACCAGUUUUAGACAAGCUUGGACCAACAGUCUUUGCUCCAGUUAAAAUAGAUUUUGUGGGAAACAUUAAGAAAAUCCAGCAGAAGGUGGUGUCCGAUCCUGAGAGUUUCCCCACACUGCAGAGCAUCGUGCUGCAUGAGGUGGAGAUGGAGGUGGCACAGGUGCGGAACUCGGCCACAGAAGCGCUGCUGUGGCUUAAACGUGGACUCAAGUUCCUCAAAGAAUUCCUUUCUGAAAUCAAUACAGGGAUAAAGGACGUCCAAGGAGCUCUUAAUAAUGCAUAUGGAAAGACACUACGGCAAUAUCAUGGAUGGGUUGUUCGAGGUGUCUUUGCACUGGCUCUACGGGCUGCCCCAUCCUAUGAGGGCUUCAUGGCUGCUAUGGUUUCUCAUGAAGGCGAUGAGCUGAAGGAAGGCUUUACGACCGGCAUGCAUCGAGACCUAGACGUCUACCUGCCAGCUAUGCAGAAGCAGCUGUCCAUCCUGGAUGCUCUCUAUGAGGAGUAUGGCUUGGAAUCAGAUGAGAUCGUGUGACUAACACAAAUACACCCACACAGCGAACAGAGCUUGCUUCUGACGGAGCUCGUCGGUUUCAGUGGUGAAGUUGUAACUCUUUCACCCGCUGUGGUAACCGAGCCCGACAUUAGUGUUGAAGACGGGGAGGUUUCUGUGAGGGCAGGCCUUGCAAAGCCUGACCAGUAAGAGUGUGUUGAAUAAUGUGGCAUAUGCAGUCUCCAGUAACAGUCAUCCCUGCGAAAUUUAAACGGCCGUGUCUAAAUAAUGCUAGCUGAGGGGGGCAGGGUGUGAUUCCAAGUGUUUUCAGGGAACAGGUGUAUUUUUAGAAACCUUCAGUGGCGUGAUCAAGUGUUUUGUUGACAUUGGUUGUAUGUUUUUCAUACACUUUUAGGCAUGAGAGUACAAUGGCAGAUAAGCUGAAGAUAUUGUUUACCUGGCAGUGAAGAUGUUAGUCGCUGUACCCUUAUUUACAGUAAAACUGCACAUGUGCUUCUCUCCUCACUUGAAAUAUUGCGUUACUUUUGUUCAGAUACUCACAUCUCGUUCGUUUUAGACUAGCACAAAACUAAGAAGUUAUUCAGAGACUUUCGGGGAUUCAGAUAAACAUGCAGUGUGUUCAUAAACCAAGUACUUACGUUAAAUAUACAGAUAAUGUGGUGGGCUAUUUUUCGCAGUUACAUAAUCUUCAUUUAAACGCAUUCACAAUGGCUCCAAUUCAGGACUUUUAGGAUCAACUUGGUGAGAGGGACCAAAGGAGAGUUUCUUCUUCAUGAUUUUGUGGAAAGAUUUCCUACUAUUGAGAACAUGUAGCUUUGGCUCUACAAAAGGAAAGAUGUCAUGAUAUUUCCUCAGUGACUUUAUUUAUUGACUUAUUUAUAUGAAUAUUAAUUCUAACUGUUGAUUUUAUUGUAAGAAUCACACUAUGCUUAUUCUCAAAUCAUAUGAAUGAUACAAAUUUGUGCAUGUUGCAUUGCAUGGAUUAUGUUUUUAUAUUUUGGCAUUAAUCUAGAUUUAGAUUACUAAAUGAUUCGCACAUGUUAUGAGGAUGACUGUUCUCUUAGGUUUACGUUUUAUUCUAAUUAUUUCCACAAAGUUUUAAACUAAAAUCUGACAAACCAUUGGCUUUAUAAAAAUGCCUUCCUAGCAUUGUAAAUGUCAGAGUUGUGUGACUGUAUGACUUUCUUUUUCUGCUGAACACAAAAGAUAUUUUGAAGUAUGUUGGUUAAAAGUAUAAAAUCUUGAGACAUUUCUCAGAAUAUCUUCUAUGUUCCAUAGAAGAUAUUAAGUCAUACAGUUUUUGAACAGCAUGGGGUCAACAAACCUGAAUGUAUUUCUUCUAUUGAACACAAAAGAUAUUUUGAAGAAUGUUGGUAACAAAACAAUUGAUGGUAGACAUUGACUUCCAUAUGAAAAAAAAAAAAAACAGUGGAAGUAGGGCUGAACGAUUUUGGAAAAUAAUCUAAUUGCGUUUUUUUUUUUUUUUACCAAGAUUGCCAUUUAAAAUGCAAAUAUUUUUUAAAGCUUUUUAUGUUCUGUAUUGUUCAACAAAGACAAGCAAUAAAUCAUUGUAUAGUAUGACCAACACAGUAUAUGGUAGAUUAAACAUAAAUGUUCUUUUCUGUAGGCCAGGUCUAUAUGUUACGAUGAAAUUAGGUGAUGCAUGAAUUUAUAUGAAUGACAUUUUUAUUUAACUACAAUCACAGUAGUAUAUUGAUUGAUUGACCUUCCAGCCUUGUAAGCAUGUAAUAAUUAUGACAACAUAAAGCACUGAUAAAUAAGCCUGGUGUAAACAUUAACAUGAAAGUCAGUAACAAAUCACACAAACUAAAGUAAAUUGCAGAAAUAUAAAAACAAAUCUGUUGCUUUACCACACUCAGUAUUAAAGUAAUUCAAAGUCACUGUAAUAAACAUAUGUAAACAUGUGGAUUGCACUUUUUAAACACUGUCUGUAAACUUUAGACAGACUUUAAAUAAAUAAGAAUAUAUUUAUAUAGCCUAUAUUAUCUUAAGGUCGAAGUCUUCAGUAAUGAAAUGCACCGUAACACUGUUACUGCUUGAGUAAUUUCCAUGUGCUGUUUUGUAAGGGUUGCCAGGUUUUCCCAAAAAAGCCCAGCCAAUUGACCUAUCGGUAAGCCCCUCCCCUCGAACGCAGACUAACCAAUGGCAGUCGAGUAUCAGUUGCACAGGGAGCGGAACUCGGACAUCUUUAGGUUUCAGCGCCAUAGAAAAAUAUUGGAAGAUCCGAAGCUUGCAUCGGUUUUAUGGGGUUUAUGCUUCAAAAAUGGAAAAACGAUGUGCCUGGGGUCCUUGUAACACUGAUUCCAGGUAUCCUGAGAGGAUGGGAAAUAUAAUUUAUUUUAUUACAUUUCCUGAAUCCAAACAAAACAAACAAAAUGUCCCUAAGUAUUCAACCCCAAUACAAAUGAAGAUAAAAACGUUAAUUUUCUGAUUGACAUACACUCAUUAAGUUACAAUUUUCAUCUGCUCAAGCAGAACGUUAAUGUUAUCUUGUGCUUUAGCAAGGUAUCUCUGGCUAAAACUAGCUAACGUUAAAGUUAGUGAGUCCAUGCUAAUGUACAAACCUAAAUAGCGGACUGUUCUGGCCUCUUGUACAGUGUAGGUCAAAAACACACAAACGAAGGUCUACAUUUCAGUGCCUCUCCAUAUUAAACUGAUUAAAUGUACAUUAAUUUAAUCGUACCCUGCGAUACAUGAACAGUGCUGAUCCGCGAUCGUGAAGACCGACCGUAAUAUGAGACUUCUCCCGCUCGCAUUGUGAUCUGUAAACCCUUGCUUCGAGUUACCCACCAUAUUUAUUUUUAAAUAUUUUAUAAAUUCCUCCAUGGAAUAUUUAAUUCCCAUUUGGUGGCCUUCUGUUCCCAAAUUUGUGCAAAAACAUUGUGGGACAAGGUUUUCACACCGCAGCUGUCAUUGUAAGACAGUUAGCAACUCCGUUUGUUUGUCCGAGGGAGCAACAGUAACUAAGGGGGGCGGGGCUUACCGAUAGGUCAAUUGCUGCUCAAAACUAGCCCAAUCAUAUUUCUAGGGGGGUCCACCAGUAAAAAUCGCAUUCUGGGGUAAAAAAGUUUUUUGGAGGGGUUCCCCUGGAAAUAUUUGCAUUUCAAGGGCUAAAUAUCAUGUUUUUGGAGGCAAACCACGGCAACACUAAGCGUGCCAGUUUGAUGCUUCCUCUGAAGACUGCUUAGGUGUGUUCGACUUGAAGCAGGCAGCGCUGCUAGACUGAUCGCCGUGUGUCAUCAAAGUACCGCGAGAGCUAUAAGAGAGCUCCUUAUGCUUUCUCUCGCCAUACUUUGGUGUUAUAUACACCAUUGAUCUUUAAGUCGAACACACCUCUUUACUCUCGCGUGUCACGUGACAGUGUAAUCGCAGCCUCUGCGUUUGAAUAAUCGCGUUUUUUCAUAUCGCGAUAUUAUUGUAAAUGCAAUUAAUCGUUCAGCCCUAUAUGGAAGUCAGUGGCUACUGUCAGCUGUUUGGUUAACAAUAUUCUUCAAAAUAUCUUCUUGUGGAUGAACUAUCCCUUUAAAUUCAAUUGAAGUUUUGACAUCCUAAGAAUAGCACACAGGAUCCAUGUUGUCAUUCACUAGUAUUAAAAUAUGUCUGUAUGGUAUGCCUUUUUAUAUGUAUUUGCUAAUUGUCAUUUUUAAAUUGUAUGUCGUUUAUACUGAA